AUGCCCAGAACGAUUACAUACGAUAUUCCUUCCCAUUACCAGUUGGUGGAUCUUGUAGGAGAGGGUGCAUAUGGGACAGUAUGCUCGGCAAUUCACAAGCCUACGAAUACGAAGGUUGCGAUCAAGAAGAUCCAGCCAUUUACGAGGUCAAUGUUUGUAACAAGGACAUUGCGAGAGUUGAAGCUCUUAAAGUUUUUCCACUCGCAUGAGAAUAUUAUAUCAGUACUUGAUAUAGUGCGUCCAACGUCGUGGCAGAAGUUUGAGUCCGUGUACUUAGUGCAGGAGCUCAUGGAGACCGAUUUACAGAAGAUUAUUAGCCAGCAGAGUUUGUCCGAAGACCAUAUCCAAUACUUUAUUUACCAGAUCCUCCGGGCGCUUAAAUCGUUACAUUCGGCUCAAGUGAUCCACAGAGACUUAAAACCAAGCAAUCUUCUGCUCAAUAGCAAUUGUGAUCUGAAAGUUUGCGAUUUUGGGCUGGCUCGUUGUUUGGCCUCGAGCGAUCAAUCGAGAGAAAAUAUGGUCGGGUUCAUGACGGAAUAUGUGGCCACCCGUUGGUACAGGGCGCCCGAAAUUAUGCUUUCCUUCCAAGAGUAUACUACUGCAAUGGACAUAUGGUCUUGCGGCUGUAUAUUGGCAGAAAUGAUCAUGGGAAAACCUCUAUUCCCAGGUAGAGAUUACCAUCACCAGUUAUGGAUCAUCCUAGAAGUACUAGGUUCACCAACACUAGAAGACUUUGAACAAAUCAAAAGCAAAAGGGCAAAGGAGUACAUCUCUCAACUGCCGAUGAAAAAAGGCAUUCCAUGGGCUAACGUUCUUAACAAAGAUGUUAGCCCGCUUGCAAUUGACUUACUCUCGAAAAUGUUGACCUUUAACCCAGACAAACGGAUCAGCGCAGUUGAAGCCUUGAAACAUCCAUACCUAGCUACUUACCAUGAUCCCGAUGACGAACCCGAUUACCCCCAACUCAACCUCGAAGAUAAUUUCUGGAAAAUUGACAACGAGGCCCGUGACAAGAAUGAAGAGGAUGACAUACCUCUAGAAGUACUUAAGAAAAUGCUUUACGAUGAAGUCAUGAAACCUUUGAAUUAA